AUGGCAGAUAUUUCAGUCAUCGUCAAUACAGCCUCGCACCCCGGCAUCUCAAUCAUUCAGAUUAAUCGCCCUCAUAGAAAGAAUGCAGUAGACUCUGCAACUGCCAAGGAGCUUUACAAUGCCAUCCUCGCCUUCGAAGCCGAUGCAUUACAGAAAGUCUGCGUGUUGACUGGCACAGGCAGCACUUUCUGCGCCGGGGCCGAUCUCCACCAAGUAGCGCAAAAGAAAGAUAACGACGAGCCUGGCCAGAAUCUCCAGCCCGUCAAUGGGCGCAACCUGGGUCCUAUGGGUCCAUCAAGAUUGACGAUUCAAAAGCCAGUAAUUGGAGCAGUCGCCGGAUAUGCAGUUGCAGGAGGGCUUGAACUGAGUUUACUAGCAGAUAUCCGGGUGGUGGAAGAAGAUGCAAUCUUUGGGGUAUUCUGUCGCCGUUGGGGCGUCCCAUUGAUUGACGGGGGAACGGUGCGCUUGCAAGCCAUCGUUGGUCUUGCUCGAGCUCUCGAUAUGAUUCUUACUGGCCGGCCAGUUGAAGCCAAAGAGGCCCUGGCGAUGGGACUGGCUAGUCGGGUUGUGCCUAAGGGGGAAUCAUUGCAGCAUGCUUUGGACAUCGCCAAGCAGCUCAUCGCAUUCCCUGAACUUUGCCUCAAUACCGAUCGUCGUUCAUGCUAUUACAGCGCGUAUGAGGCAUCUUCUUUGGAAGAUGCGCUCUCGUACGAAUUCCAGAACGGCAGCAAAGUCAUCUCGAAAGAAGCCGUUGCUGGUGCGGCCAAGUUCAGUGGAGGGUUGGGCAGACACGGCAGCUUCAAGGAGUCUGGGAAGUUGUGA